AAUCCAAAGUGAUAAAAGUGGUGACGUUUUUUUCUCUCUCUCUCUCUCUCUAUAUAUGAAUAGUAUUUGCUCUUGGGACAUCAAAAUAUCCACACCACUGAGUUCAAUUACAACCUAGGAACUCUCACAUCUUCUUACUCUUAAUUUUCUCUUCAGACCACUCAGAUAAUGGCAAGCACUCCUAGCAUUCCAUCACACAUAAAAGCUUGGGUUUAUUCUGAAUAUGGGAACACAGAAGAGAUUCUCAAAUUUGAAUCUAACAUACCUAUACCAGACAUCAAGGAAGACCAAGUGCUCAUCAAGGUUGUGGCUGCAGCCCUUAACCCAAUAGAUUAUAAGAGGGCUCAUGGGUUUUUGAAGAACACUGAUUCUCCCUUUCCUACUGUUCCGGGGUACGAUGUUGCUGGUGUGGUGGUCAAAGUGGGAAGUCAAGUGAGUAAAUUCAAGGUUGGGGAUGGGGUUUAUGGUGACAUCAAUGAGGAUCCUGUGAAUAAUCCAAAGGCCAUUGGGUCUUUGGCAGAGUACACUGCUGUUGAAGAGAAAGUGUUGGCUCACAAACCCUCCAAUUUGAGCUUUGUUGAAGCUGCUAGCCUUCCUUUGGCCAUCAUAACUGCUUAUCAAGGAUUUGAAAAAGUUGAGUUUUCUGCUGGCAAAUCUAUACUUGUUCUUGGGGGUGCUGGUGGAGUUGGAUCCCUUGUUAUUCAGCUCGCGAAGCACGUUUUUGGCGCAUCAAAGGUUGCAGCCACAGCUAGUACUGCAAAACUGGAUUUGUUAAGGAACUUGGGAGCAGACUUAGCUAUUGAUUAUACUAAGGAGAAUUUUGAAGAACUGGAAGAGAAGUUUGAUGUAGUGUACGACACAGUAGGAGAAAGUGAGACUGAGAAGGCAUUGAAGGCUGUUAAAGAAAGUGGCAAAGUUGUGACAAUAGUGAGAUUUGGACAUCCUGAAGCUAUAUUCUUCAUACGAAUUUCAGAUGGUACUGUGUUGGAGAAACUAAAACCUUACUUAGAGAGUGGGAAGGUGAAGCCAAUAUUGGACCCUAAGAGUCCCUAUCCAUUUUCUCAGACCGUGGAGGCAUUUGCACACUUGAAGACUAAUAGAGCCAUUGGGAAAGUGGUCAUACAUCCCAUUCCAUAAUUUAUGUUUGCGUGAUCAAACGUGAAUAUCUCUUUCAGAAUUGUGGUGGUGAAAAUUAGAUACUUGGCUUGUGGUUUGGUUGCAAUAUAAAUAAUAAGACUCAAUUGGUCCAAAAUUUCCAAAGGAUGAAAAACUUAUUUUCACA